GACGUCACUGAGGUUUUGUAGCGGCCUUUUAAAAAGCAGCCAGUACAAGACAUCACUCAGUGAACAUCUACAACAUAUAUCUCAUUAUCAAACUUAAAGGCUCAAGGCCUGAGAAGCGACCAAAAGUAUGCACUGGGAAAAAUUGCCGUCCCCGGAGCAGGCCUGUCCCAGGCCGUACCAGGGCGUACGAGUCAAGGACCCGGUCAAAGAGCUGCUGCAGAGGAAGAGAAGAGCCGACCUCAGUAACUCUAGGAUUACACCCACGGCGGUUGUGGUCCCAAACACUGUGUUGUCUUCACAUCAUCAAGUCGGGGCCUCUGGCUUUGUGGGAGGUGGUGUCUCGGAGGUGCCUGCUGUGGAGAACGGGGCGUUCUGCACGGGAUGGAUCGCUCAGGCAGCCCCUGCACCUCUGCAGCCCAUGGCUCACUGGCCGUGCCAGGAGACCCAGUCCCUGGACCCCUCUGGCCUUGCCCAGGCCCCGGACAUGUACGUGCAGCCCAUGUGCCCCAGCUACACCGUGGUGGGGCCGUCCUCCAUGCUGGCCUACACCCACGCGCCCCUCUUUGCUAACUUUGGGGCCCGGACUACAACCCCCACGUCCCUGCCUCAGGUGGAGCUGCCCGUGGACGGGUCGGUGACGUACAUCCCCUGGACGCAGCCCCUGGCCACCGUCUCCACGCCGACGGUGCAGUGCACCCCCGUGGCGGGCCCCUUCUCCGCGCCCCAGCUGUUGCCCCUGCCCAUGCCCGUGCCCCUGGCCUUCCCAGAGCCCGACAGCCUGCAGCUGGAGCAAGCUCGGGCCGCCGUGGCCAGCCUGCCCCUGGAGAGCCUGCUGGAGGAGGACCACGACGGAGACACGAUCCUGCACAUCUAUGCAGCGAAAGAGAUGCGUGCGCACGUCUGCGCAGCUGCGGAGAGGCUGCGGAGGCUGCACAGAGUGUGCAGGAUUGAUGCCAAGGAGCAUCAUGGAAAGACGCCCCUGCUGGUGGCUGUGACCACCAACCAACCAGACAUCGCUUCUGACCUCAUCAGGCUGGGUGCUGAUGUGAAUGCAGCUGACAACCAAGGCCAAACUGCACUGCACAUGGCUGCAAAAUAUGGCUACCCUGAAGUCAUCCAGGUGUUGGUGUCUGCAGCAUCAACGCUGGAUUUGGAAGUGUUUGACUUUGAAGGCCACAGUCCACUCCAUUGUGCCGUUCUGUCCCACAACCGGCUGCACAGUGAAACGCAGCGAGCUCUGAAAAUGCGUGUGGGAAGUGUGGAGCAGCUGGAGAAAGUGUGUGUGGAAAGUGUGGAGCAGCUGGAGAAAGUGUGUGUGGAAAGUGUGGAGCAGCUGGAGAAAGUGUGUGUGGAAAGUGUGGAGCAGCUGGAGAAAGUGUGUGUGGAAAGUGUGGAGGAGCUGGAGAAAGUGUGUGUGGAAAGUGUGGAGCAGCUGGAGAAAGUGUGUGUGGGAAGUGUGGGGCAGCUGGAGAAAGGGCGUGUGGGAAGGGUGGAGCAGCUGGAGAAAGGGCGUGUGGGAAGUGUGGAGCAGCUGGAGAAAGGGAAACGUAAGGUGAUGGACUGCAUCAUGCUGCUCCUACAAGCAGGGUCAUGCCUCUACACUCAGGAUAUAAAGAGCAGUAAGUCUGUGUUGCAUCUGGCAGUCCAGGCUGGGAACUACAGCCUGCUCAGGUUCUUCUUGGAAGUGAACACUGCUCCAGACUUUAUUAACAUGAAGGCUCACGGGCACACAGCUCUGCACAUGGCGGCCGCACUGCACGCUGGGAGCCAGCAGGAGGCGAUGGUGAGGCUGCUUCUGGCUCACGGGGCAGAUCCCAGCCUCAGGAACCUGGACAACGAGCAGCCUGCCCACCUCCUCCCUCCUGGGACCGCGGGAGAGAUGAUAAGAGGGCUGCUACGGAGAGCCAGAGGCUUGUCGCCACAGGCACACCGUCCCUCACACCAAAGCAGCCGGGAGUGUGACACCCCGUGACCCUACACAUUCACAUUCCCACAUGGGCACUGCCUCACACCAGGCUUGUGCAUGUGUCUAUGAAGGACUAAAUAAGUAUUUAUUAGUAUUUUCACAAUCAGUAUUUGCAACUUCUUCAACGUUGCCAAACCUGGGUUAUGACAAGGAACUUAAAUGUCAUUUUUAAAUCUGAAAUAUAAUUUAUGUAAUAAUGGCAUAUUUAUUAUUUAGACCUGUUUUAGUUUAAUGUGGGGUAGAAGAUGGUGUAUUGAUUAAAUAUAUGUGGAAAGAAUAUAUGUGUUUUAUGUCACAUUCAGCAUCUGAAAUCGGGGUGUUUUGUCGUCCCCGUGCCACCGUAGCUGUGAGGUCACCAGCUGCAAUGAGAGGCAGUUGAAUCCAGAGAAAAAAAAUUCAGUCAAAAUAUUCACAUUUCUACCUGAGACUAAUAAAACACCAUUGUUUAGAAAUAUAUAUUUUUAUUUUUUUUAAAGAAAUCUACGCCUGUUUUUGUUCAAAAUUUGAAAUAUCCACAAUAAAAAAAAUAUCAAUAUGUCAACAAAAGAGUAUUAUACAGGUGGCAUUACAUUCAUUUGUCCAUCUCUUUGUUCAAUCCAUAGGCAGUUUGACGACACUUCUGACAGGACUUCAUGAAGUAAACAACAAAAAAUUCAAAUUAGAUUCAAACAAAUGUUGCAACAACAAACACCUCGUAUCUGUAUACAGAUACUACAAAAAAUAUCAAAUGUGACAGAUAAAAAUGUCCUAAAGAUAACACAUCUCAGAGUUGGAUAAGGGCCUUCUGAAAUAGCUCUCUUCCACUGCUGACGUGUAGGCAGAGUCUGGUGUGCAAUAAGCUGUGUAUUCAAGAUUUGUCAAAUCUUCCUGGGGACCGAACCAGUGCGACACACAGUAGCAGUGUUGUGGACUGCAGUGCUGGAAAUGGUAAAAUUCGGGGACCAAAUUGAAACUGGAAUCCAUCCGAGUGGGUGAGCUGUAGCAGGAGGAUGAGGAAGAAUAGCUUUGAGGAGGGGAAUAGCUAUUGUAAUCUAUGGGACUGGGGAGGUUCAUCGAGUCUGAGGGAGAGUUUGCAGCCUGAAAAGCAAUGAAAAGAAGUUAAGAUUUAAGAUGACAAAUGCAAUAUUUUCCAAAAUCGAAUUAGUUAAUUUCAUACAUACUUUCUGCUAGCAUUAUAUCAUUGGGUACCUCCUACACAAGUCUUUGAUAUGAUUACAGAUUCAUUUAAUAUGUAUCUAUGUAUGUAUAUAGAAAGAGGGAAAGAGGGGGAAAUGAGAAAUUCUUAUAUACAUACUUGUAUAACUUUUAUAACAGUCUAUUCCUUGACCUUCUGCUAUUCUGCUGAACACAUAUCUAUGUUACACAUAUUUAAAUAUAUAGUAAAAAAAAAAAAACAAGCCCAUACCAUUCCUUGGUUGUAGUACUCGGAGUUCGACGGGAAGUUUCCCUGGUUCCAAUACUGCGCGGAAGACGCCACUGGAAGUGAGUUGUUGCUGAAAUUCUCUGGCGGCAGCAUCAUAUUAAUAAAUUGCUGAUUGUCGAUCCCACUGGUCUCUACAGGGAUGUUACAAACGUUGUCUGUGUAUUGCUGCGGCUGGAAACUGUUGCUGUCUGGCAUGGAGUUCCCAGGGCAAACGUCAAAGUGAUAGGCUAGGAGAGUGAAUAAGAAGAUGAUGGUGAAUACGCCGAAGAACACAUUUAAAUUAGUAAAGACUUCAGAGAUGAUGUCAUACGAGCAUCAGCCAACAGUUAAAUCACAUUUAAAUGCACGUUUAUAAAAGGACCCGAAUGUUGUAAGGCGAAGGGAGCAGUAUGUUGCCAAUCGUUUUUUUUUUACUUUCAGUUUAAUCCAAGUAUUCUGCCUGAAGGUCGUUAAAUGUAAGUUUCUUUGGAGACCUAAUUUGGGUAUAAGUAAAUUUACUAUUCGUAUUUUUCGAUGUAUUUUCUUUAUGGACACUAACAGGCUACUGUGGUAUUUUUUCUUUAAUAUGUCAUUUACAAUGUAACUGAAUUUUAGCUUUUUGAUUUAUGCAUACUUCUACAUAGCAAAAUGUAAUUUCUAAUUAGCUGCAAUAAGAAGUACGAAAAUAAGAAAAUAGGAAAUAUUCUGUAAUAAGAAAUAUUUUGUAUUUGUGAACUAUUAUAAAAUUACCAUAUGUUUGAACACAAUUGUGCUCUUUUAUGUUUAAUAGCCUAUAUCAUUUUCAAGACAGAUUUACAGAUUUAUGUCGUUUGCACCAGUGUGUCAUUACGCUUGUUGUUUUUGCAGUAAUUUUGAUCUCGUUAAAGGCUUUCAAAGCAAAAAUGCAUGAUAUGAUCAUUAAUAUAGGUUUUGCAUUCCUUUUUUUUUUUUUUUUUUUUUAUCUGGUGGAUUACAUUUUAUGAACCGAUGUGAUUUAAAUAAACGCAGAUCUACUUGAAGCUGUUACAUACAGUACAUAUAGCCAACUAUGUGCAAUGGUAAUAUUGAUGAAGCUGUAAACUGUGGAUUACAAACCUACCAGGAAAUGAUGGGGAAGAAACGUCUUGAGUCGCCAUACUUUGAGAUAUCUAGGGAUAAAAGAAAAGGGGAAGAAGAUUAAACAUCAAUCGCUGAUCAAAAAUGUUUUAAUUCAGGUUUCCUCGAAUUUGUGCUAUUUUCAUGAAGCAGCCAAUUAGUCCAUUUUAAAGCUGAGAAUAAACCCUAUCAGAAUAGUCAGAUCUGGUUACACAGUUUAUUUCAGUAUGGUAAGAAUUCUCACCACAGACCGACAAAAGGCUAGGCUAAAAACACAAGAUGAAGUCUGACAUUUUGCACAGAUAUAGCUAUUUAGUGUAUUCACGUGUUUCUGCUUCUUAGCUUACUUAUACGCGUUUGCGUUUUGAUUUUGCAUGUCAUUCAUUCAUUGAUGUCAUUCAUUUAAAGUCACCCCCUUGACGAAUGCGAUUUACCCAGUAAUAUGCUAUUGUUAUAAAAACGAUUUUGACUUGUCUUGGCAUUAUCAACUUAUCACACACACACACACACACACACACACACACACACACACACACACACACACAUAUGCGUUUUUGCCCCUGUCAAUCAACUUGACUUACUGUGUAUUAUAGCAUACAUUUAAGUAUCAUGCCUUGAUGAAACUCAGACAACUCAGUGUCAGGAUUAAAUAAAUUAAUACUUCCGCCUAAAUGAUACAAUUACAGAGAAAGGUAUCAUCCAAUUGAGUUAAAAUACAUGUUGUAGUGAAGCUAAAGACGGUGAGAAAAUGCUAUGUGCAUGCAAACGUGUUCCUCCUGUAAACUUUUGAUAUAUAUGGAGCCUGUGGGGAUGUUGGCUCCUGUGUGAAAUUGAGGUUUAGAAAGCAGGUGUGGAGUUUCGCAACAUUUAAUUGUCAAGCAGGUCUCGCUUCAGAAAAUGUUCUGGUUCAGAAAUCAGUACUGGUGUAGUGUUACUUGAACAAAAACUUUGUGGAUAUUUAUAAUAAAUACAAAUGCCCUACGUCUUGUCCUAUUUUGUGAUUUCGAGGUAAGAUAAUCUUUCAGCAUGAUUAGAGACAUGAGACAUGUUCAAAAAGUUUCUUUACAUAAUGAUAAUAUAGGAUAUAUUAUUUUUCUUUCUUUUUUCGUAUAAUUGUACAUCGGCAGCAUUUCAAAUGAGGCUAUGUUAAAUAAAAAUAUUUAACAAUGUUAAAUACAAAGAUUUUUACAGCAUGGGUGUUCAUUUGGAAGACAACUUCCUGCAUGAAAUGGUUUUAUUUCUGUAUUCUCCAUGUGCAAUUGUGAAGGAUGUUUUCAUUUGGGAUUUACACAUUGGAUUUGGUGAGAACGCUGCUGUUGAUGUAAAUCAAUAAAGUACGUAUCAUGGAAGGUAACUAA